GAAAAUGCCAUGGACGCAUUGAAGAACACCCAUCUGUUGGGCAGAAAACUGGUAUUGGAAUUUGCAAACGAGGAGGCCAUCGAUGCGGAGCAAGAGAUCCAGCAGAUCGAAAAGAAAGUAGGGGAGCAGUUGGACCGGAUCAAACUACAGAAGCUCACGGGUGCUGGACGGAAAAAAUUUACUGUAGGGGCCCAGGACGAGGAAAACUAAAGUCCUUUCUCCUUCUGCCCUUCUCCCUGUUGAUAGGGUUAAUGAAUAGUAAUGGUGCUGCUGCUAUCUUUUGUGUUUGUGAGAAUAUACCCCUUGCUUGGCGGAACACCUUUGGGCCUUUUCACACGUUCCUGCUGUCAGGACUGUGCCUGCAGACGCGUUCUGCAAAGUUCCGUCGCCUCGUGCAUCUUAAUGAAGCCUUAUCUUUUUUUAUCCCCAUGUAUCCUUGUUCGAUCCUAGCAUCUCGUCUACCCCUCGUCCUUUACUGUUACCUUUCGUAUGGCUGCUGCACCCUGGAUAUCAGGUUGAAAGCAGGGUGCGGUCGUUGUUUUCCAACCUACAUUCCGCUCGCUCUGCCUGUAACCCACCGCGCAUUCUUGGAUGAUCGCCUCGCACGAUGUUGUUGGAUACUGGGCAUUCCAAAGAGAGGUCUUUGCCACAAACUCGCCCAUCAUUGCUCAUCGGUACCUGGCUUGGUGGCUCCAGUCAAUGAUCAUGUCGUGCAGGUCCAAAAUCCCCGGGCAGCGGCUCGCUGAAUCGUGCACCCUGGAUGUCCCCUUGCAUGGGUAGCCGGUGUCCACAGUGCAUCACCCUUCCUCCUGAUUUGCUGCAACAAGGCGGCACCUGCUCGUCCCUCCCUCAUCGCUCUGAUCGACGCGUGAAGCUC